AUGCCAGCCAUCUACGAGCGCAUCGAGAACGACAUGAUCGUCCAGGAACGCACCCUCUGGAGCGCACUAACGAGUGCCUCGCCCACGGAUGAAUUGCAACGGCUGUGCCACGAAAAGGCCGUGCUCCUCUUCCCCAAGAAAGACAUCACGACCGUGGACAACCUAAGCGAGACGUUUACGAAAGGAUUCCACAAGUUCGACGAAUACGACCUGCAGGACGUGCGGGUGAUUGUGAUCGAUCUGAUGGCGGGCACCAUCACCUAUCGGAUCCACGCGAGCAGGGAAGGGCAGCCCGACUACCACGCCACGGGGUCGACGACUUGGGGCCAGGGCUCGGACGGCGAGUGGCGGGUGAUUUCGCACCAGGAGACGCUGCUAUAG